CCCUCUCCUCGUACGGGAGAAGGAAGGGAAAGGAGCCGCCCCCUUUUCCCCCGGCCCCUCUUUCACGGAUCGGACGGGGGCUGCUGUGGCUCAGGUUGGCCGCCAUGAACGGCGGAGUCUGGCGCAGGCCCAGGCCCGGCGCGGAGGCAAGCUGCUCAGCCCUGCCUGGGUUGCCAUGGUGACGGGCGGCAGGCAGAGCAGCGGCGGCGGCGGCGGCGCUGUCAGUGAGAGCCAGCCGAGCGAGCGAACGGCGGAAAUCAGGCGCAGGCGUCCGUGGGGGCUGCAGGAGGGGAAGGCAGCGCCGCCGCGGCCGCCAUGGACGCGCACUGCGAUGGUGGCGAACCCACCGCGCUGGGGGAGCAGCCGCCGCCGCCGCCCUCGGGCAAGCUGAACAAAACCGCCUUCAAAUUGUUUAAGCGGAGGAAAUCCGGGAGCGCCAUGCCAAGCAUCUUCGGUGUGAGGAGCGGCGGCAAAAGCAAAAGCGGCGAAGGCGGCGGCGGCGGGCAGGGAACGGGCAUGGUGAGGAGCAAGACCCACGACGGCCUGGCCGAGGUGCUGGAGCAGGAGAGCAGCAGGAGCGAGGCUCCAGCGGCUGUCGAGAGCGGCCGUGUAGCGGGUAGCGGGGCCGCCUCUGUGGCCGCUAAGGAAGCCGUCUCUUCCUGCUCGCCCGCGGCCGCAGCGGGCAAGUCGCACAGCUUCUUCUCGCUGUUGCGCAAAAACGGCCGCUCCGACGAAGGCGGCAAAGGCGAGCGAGCCAAAGGGCGCGGGGGCCUCAAAGGGCUCUUCAGCAGCAUGCGGUGGUCCCGCCGGGAGAAGCCGGGCGGCGGGGGGAAGGACGACGAGGCCGGCGAGGGCUCCGAAGGCCAGCCCAGUCCCAGCAUCCUCAACACGGGCUCCCUCACGGCCAGCCUGGAGUGUAUCAAAGAGGAGGUAGCGCCGCCAGGAGCGCCCGCUGACGCUGUCCGGACUCCCCUGGUCACUAAGGAUGGAGAACAGCCCGCAAGUCCCCUUGCCCCCGAGGUUAUGCCCACCCCGGACCUGGCACCGCAGCCGGCCCCGUGUGGGUCUGGAGGAGGAGAGGAGCUUCCCGGGAUUCUGCUCCAGGAGAAAGAGAUCCAUCCUGAAUCCACCGUUAGUGAUGGUGAAGAGAUCAUCCAGGAGGACUCGGCUAAAACAGGCUGUGGGGACAUUAUUGCUGACCAGGAAGAUGACGCGGGCAGCGGCGGUGGCAGUGGUGGAGGUGGAAGUGAGAGGAGUGCCCCUGGGAUUGUCAAAGCUGGGCCCUCCAAGAAGCCUACCGGCGUGGUGACUUACCAGGGAGGAGGAGAGGAGAUGGCCAGCCCUGAACAGGUGGGAGGUACUCAGGAAUUCUGGGAUUUAUUGUCGCACACUGAAGAGAAAUCACAGGGGACAUCAGGAAGGAUGGAAUCCCCUGAGACCUCCAAAGGUGAUAAGAUUGUCAGGAGAGUUCAGGAAGGGUCAGCAAAUGGAAAGCACAUUGGUCUUAGCCAGAUUCCAGUUCACCACCAAAAAGAAGACCAGAAAAAUAGAGAAAAGGAGCAGCAAGAAGCCAUCCCCAGCGGUGAUGAGGGCUAUUGGGAUUCUACUACACCUGGACCUGAAGAAGACAAUACUAAUAGUAUUCAGAAAGAGGUAAUUCCCAGAGACAGCUACAGUGGGGAUGCUCUCUAUGAUCUGUAUACUGAUCCAGAUGAAAACACAGCAACUGUGACUUCUGCAGAAAAUAUCACCACAGUGACUUCUUGCAAGCCAUUAUCUCCGAUAGCAACUACUUGUCCAGUCAAAACCCAUACAACUUCACUCAAGGAUUCCAAGAUACCCAUCAGUAUCAAGCAUUUUACAUCGCCACAUGGUAGCCAUGGCCAGGAUUCCAGUAAUAGCCAUCAUAUUGUACACCACCAGGCUACCAAAAGUGAGAUCCCUAGAACAAAAAUCCCUGUUUCAAAAGUGCUUGUACACCGAGCCAGUUACCGAAGCUUAGCAGGGACAACAGGUAAAACAGCCACAUAUCAUGAAAAUGCCAAAAAAUAAAAGGAAAUAAUAAUGGGCAUCCCAAUCUUUUCAGGAACCCUCUAAUAAGCAGUUUGGCCUUGACCUCAUCUAAAGGAAGACACUUCCAUGUGCCCCUUUUAUGAAUGAUGAAUGCAAGGGACAAAUGCUUCUCAAUUCCACCUUGAAAUACAAUGUGUGUGUAUGUGUGUGAGAUAUAUAUAUAUAUAUAUCUCACACGCAUACACACUUUUGAGCACUUUUUAAACAUUUGUAUCCUGUUUUUCGUUAUUCGCUAAAAUACUUUGUUGAAGGCCACUUUUCCAUGCAUUUUGUGCAAGCAGAAAUCUGAUGAAUAAUGCAAACUUGAAAGAAAGAAUAAUGAAUGAAUAAUGCAAACUUGUAUUAAGAAGACAGAGCUGUGGGAGAGAGAGGACCAAAUGAAGUUUUUCCUUAUAUACGAGCUUUUUAAAAAAAUGUUUUUGGCUUAUAUUGAAAAUGCUUGCUCCAAUAUUGUGAGAAAGUGUCAAAAAUAAUAAAAUAGUAGUAACAGCAGUAAAACUUCAGAUAUUUAAUUUGAGAUAUACAGAGCGCUGUCUAUUGUUAGCAGAUUCAGUUCAUUAAAGGUAGCUGAUUAACAAGUUAGGUGGGUUUCUAUAAUGGGAAGAGAUAUUUUUGCUUGCUUUUCUGUCUGCUUUGGAUCUGAACUAAUAUAAAUGGAUGUUCAAGACAUCUAGUGAACUUUCAGAUGUUUACAUCAAUAUUUUUCCAAUGCGUAAAAUAAUCAGGUUCCGGGGAACUUCCCUACAUGUUAAGAUAGAGGCAACUACAACAUUUAUACAAUAAAUUGUACUUCAUGUAUAAAUAGGUGCAUAUGUUACUCCUAGUGAUACAAUUUUUAAUAAUUAAAAUGUCUUUCUGUAUUUACUAGAGUUGAAGCAAAAUUAGUUUUUAUAGCUUGGUAAUUUUAUGGUUCUAAAUGUGUGGGCCUUCCUAUAAUAUUGUAAACCAGAAUUAAAAAUUUAUAUAGGCUGUACCAUCCCAGAAUAAAAACUCUAUUGUAAUGAUCCUGCAAGAUGAUGCAUGCAUCAGAGCCAAAGUUCCAGUGGUGUUUUGUUUUUUUACAAACCUAAUUCCUAGGAAUUUCUAAGAUAGAAUAUGUUUAGCUUAUUAGGCUGUCACUGCCAACUUGUUAAUAUUUUCAAAGAUAACAUAUUUAAUUUGGGGUAUAUUAAAACAGUUGCUUCCCUAAAUUUUAAUCUCUAUAGUUAUUAAAUAAAACAACUGGCAAACUCUUAGUCCAUCAACUGUUUGUUUUUUUUUAAUCUCAGGCAACAAUAGACAUGUUGAAGGCCACAGAAUAUAUGAGUACUACUGAAGUAGUUACUGUACAGUGUUGACAUCUUUUCAGUAAAGUAUCUUGUUAUAUGCCUAAAUAUUUAUUUUCAAGACAGGUAGGAAGGCUAGGGUGUUAUGCCAAUCCAUUUGGAAAUUAAUCCAUUUAUAAUUAAAAUUUGCUUUUAAAACCGAAUAUAGAGUAUUAACUAAAAAAGAUAACAAAUUACUUAUAUGACUAACAUUUUAGUCAUUAAGCAUUUGUUUAACCUUUUUAGCUUUUACAGUAAAUAAAGACAGGCAUUCAAAGUACACAUCAAAAGAAUAGAGGCUAUAUACUAAUAAAGAAAAGAUAAAAUACAAGUUUGGAAUAUAGUAACAAUUGGUUAAUUGCUUAUAUUAAUUAAAUUAUAUUGAAGUACUCUAUGUAAAGCUGUGCAAAAAACAAGAUUUGUUUAUUUGUAAAGCUCAAGCUCCAAAAAGUGAAUUUAGAUACCUGAGAAUGGGCCAUUUGGGAUUUCCCCCUCUUUUUCCCCCCAUACUGUGAACAACUGAAUCCAUAGUGUGUCAAAACAGUGUUACAAGCUAUUUUUUCAAGUAAUUUCACUUUCAUAAGUAAUUUGCUAUGCAGAGUAUAAAUGGAGGAACAUACACAAUCUAUUCCUUUCUGCAUGAGGCACGUGAAACUAGUUAAGGAUGUUUUGGGAUCCUAGCCAGGUUUUUCUACUCAUGGGUCAUGCUCUGAAGUAUGGAUGUUCUGUGCUGUAAGUGGACUUUAGGUUUAUUAUCCCAAAUAGCAGCUCCCAUGCAUUACAGUAAACUGUUUUUGAAAUUUUCAAAAGGAAUUCGUAAUAUGUCUAGCUAAGAAAAAUAAAUAUGAGAUUAAAGCAAGGGUGAUCUUUGGAUUCAGCUAAUAAUGUGUCUUGAUUGUAAUAUUGCAUACAUAGGUUCUGAUUCUCAACCACUAAGUUCUAGAAAGUAAGAAAACUGUUUCUAAUGGUUUGUAGAUAAUAUGUCAGAAACUUGAGGUGGGUUAUGUCAUCCAUUAUCCUGUGAAAGAAGCAAAAAUCAAAGCCUUUCUAUAUUUGUUAUGUAGCUGUAUAUUCAAGCCUGAAAUAUCCAUUCUAAACAUGCUUAAACAUUGGCAAUAGGUUUUGUCAUAAUAAAUGAGAUCUCCCAUGUAAAAUGCAUGCUUAUUAGAAUGUGAAGGCACUAUCUGGUGGUAUACUUUAUAUAUGGUAUUGUCUCAAAAUGUAUUUGUGGGUUGUUGCAGGUGCACUCCUUAUGCAAACCUAAUGUAUAUAUGUAUGUAUAUUCCCAUGGAUACACAUACCAUACAUGCACACAUUUCUGCAAAGUGCUAAAUGGCAUGUAUAUUAAUUUCCAAAGGAUAAGAUCAAGGAUAUACAGAGCAAUUCUGUUCAAAUCAUUUUGACAGUUGAUCACCUUUUCGUGAGAAAGGGUUUGGUAUUUAGAUUGAUUUUGCUUUAAAAAAUAGGAUGAAGAUAGUGAGUGGCUCACUUUAAUGUAGGCCCUUUCAUUGGGAAUCCUGCAACUAUAUCAGAGGAAACCAUUUUUAUUUGUACUGUAACUGUAAUAUUUUGGAAGGAAACAUGUAAAGGACACAGAACUUUAAUGCUAGUAAAUAUAUAAGAAAUGCUUGUACUGUUUUAUAUCAGUGAAGGGCAUACUCUCCUUUUGCAUGCUUUUUAAGCAAGUCUAUCACCAUGCUCCUUGUUUUAUAAUAAAAAUAAUGCAUACGUAAGAGCUCAGGGAGCUAAAGUUACAAUGGAAAGAGAAUGUUAUCAUUUGUGAGAUGAGUUAAUUACAGAACAAAACAGUGGUGCACCAGUUAAAGUAUUAAUAAUUAAAUUUCCUUAUUUUUCUUGCAAAAUUUCAUCAUACACAUUUUGUUUAUAUGUAGUAUAUUUAUAAGAAGAAAUAAUAGAUUUCCCUUUCCAUGAAUAACUGAAGAAAUGAAACAUGUUAUCUUUGAUUUUUCUCAUUUUGUUUUAUUUUUCAUCUUCAUCUUGUCCUGUUUCUGAAAAUUAAUAAAUACCGCUCAAGGCAUAAUUUAUGAUUGAAAGUAUUCAUGAUUAAUUAGAAAUAUAUUUAACUAGACCUUGACUUAUGAUGCUGAGUGACUGUUCAAAGUUUCAAGAGUUCAGAGUUUCAAAAUGGGACUUAUGAUCCAGAUUCAAAGUUCUAAUAUUGAUUACCCUCUGCAGUCAUGUGGCCAUGUUUUGGAUGCAGCCCGCAUUUACGGGCUUUUGCCAGUGCCCCAUAAUCGAGUGAUUGUGGUUUAUGACAUUUUUGCCUGAAACUUACAUUUGUUUUUGAUUUCUCGCAAAAAUUGCUCUGUAGUGAACAAUUGGUUCCCUUAGUGAUUGUAGUGUUCACUUAAUGACUGCCACCGGAAAGGUUGUAAAACAGCACAGGGACAUAGUGACCUGCUGAAAUUGUGGAGUCAGUUACACUUGUAAGUUGAGGACUACCUGUAUGUGGUUCUGAUAAACGUACGUUUUGUAAUGUCAGGAUGAGGUUAUUAUUUCUCUCUGUUUAUUCUGUUGAAAAUGCUUGAUGCUAAUAAGGAAAAUAUUAAGGUAGCUGUUGUCUCAACAUUUGGCUGUGAAGUUAAAAUGACUGGCAUCUGGCAAAAAAAUCCGUAAGGAAGUUAAGAAGGAAUCGGUUCUUAUAUCAGUUGAUAUGACCCAGUACAGUAGCAACUCAUUUAUCUGCUAGCGGUAUUUAUAAGUUGAUGACAAUCAUAUCUUGAAAAAGAUUAAUUGAAGCCAAGUAUUUGUAUUCCUUACCAUAACAACACAGAUCUUUAUAAAUCAUGUAAAAGCCAUAGGAUGAUUCUAUCUUUGGAAGACAAAGUAUAGUUGCCAUGAAAGUAAUAUUUAUUUCAAAAGCCCAACAGUGUAUUGUUCAGAUCUUGGCUGGUUCAAAUCCAGAGCACUGGUUAAUAACAAGGAGAUAUAGAUAACCAGCCCCUUAUAACUGUUUAGUGAUUAUCUGGAUUUUUGCAAUCCAUAUUUUAAUCCAUACUUCAGCCAGAUACCAUAGUAAUAAGGUACCUGCAGCUCUUAGAAGACUAUAAUUAACAAAUAUCUGUCAUUACAUAAGACUUGUGAAUUUGCCAAGCUGUUGCUAGAAUUUAAAGAUCGGGGCACUUUACGGAAUCAAGAAAAUGUGAAACUUAUGUGGGGAAAAAAGCAAUGGAAAACUUUAGUUACUGCAGAACAUAGCAUGAGGAAAUGUCAUAUUAUUCUGGUGACAUGAAAAUUAAAAAUUUUGGUGCUUCCUUUGAAUUAGAAGUAUUUCGGUCAAAUCUUGACUCUAUCUGCAAUUACACUCCACCUACAUGCUGCUACAACCAGCAUCACUAAAAGUGGUCCUUAAUUAUAGACAAACCAUCAUUUCAUGCAAUUCAGUCUAUUCCUGUUUACUCUAAAGUAAUUUCUACUGCCCAGUGGCCUUAUUCCCAGGCAUAGUAUUAAGUAGUUAAUUGUUUUCAAAUGUUUAAUUUUGCAACUUGCAAAUGUGGCUAAUUUUUGCCAGUUCUUUUUAUUUUUAAAUAUAUAUAUAUUUGUAUUUUAGAAAAAUAAACAAUACCUAAGACCGUGCACUGAAAAGCAUGCUAAACAAAGUUAUGUUGGUACUCUCUAUACCCCUCUUAAUAGAUUAAUGUUUGAAGGGGGCAAAGUUAACUUAGAAAUUUAGGAAGGAAACAAAAGAUUAUCAUCCUGGAGGCAUUCUUUAGAGUUGUACAGGUGAAUCGGAGAUUCCUGUAUUUCUGCAGUCUUAAUUGGCUAAUUGGUUUUUCAGGUCCCAAAGAUGAUGUAUCCUUUAAUAAUUGUCACUAUUUUUAUUUGUUAAAGAAGACUUUAUUAAAAUUCUAUUUGGGAUGAUGCUUGUGCUGUUAUCCUGUACUUAACAUAUAAAGACUAUAUUAGAGCAGGCAUUUUAAUCUCUUUGCACUUACUGUUCACUUAGUACAUUUUAUAUGUUUUUAGAAAAUGCAUACUAUAGUAUAGUUCUAGUAUUUUAUAUCACAUGUUUUUAGGAAACUAUUUUCAGAAGGAGGUACUUUUUUCUCUUAGUAGUAUGAACUGCCUUGUUCACCCCUAGUUUACUCUCAUAGAUACAAAAUUUGUGCUGAAAAUGUGGUCUGCAUUUGACACAAAGAGUUCAUUCUCAUUUCAGUGUACAUGCAUUGCUCUUUAUUGGCAGAAAUCCACAACCCACUUAUUCUACAGCAAUUCAAUUGACUUUAGUCUGGGAUAAAUGGGAUGUGGAUUGUAGCCAUCUGCAGUCAUGGGAAUAAAGCACAUGGAAUAGAUUUAAAACAGCCCUGACAUUACAAAGCAAAUGCAUGAUUGGUGUUACUGAAGAAGCAAACUGAUUACCCUGUAAACAUCCUGACUAGUCAAUGAAGAAAAAGCACACAAAAUUGGUAGUAUUUUUUGUUUAUAAAUUAAUCUUGGGCGAUUCCAUUUCUGGUUAAUUUUUCAUGCCCUCUACUGAAUUAUUUAUUAACACUUAAAUGAUAUUGCAUCAAAGUCCUUGAUCUGGUAUCUGAUUCUGAAGGUAAUUCCAGCAUGCUUCUGUAUCAGAGCAAAUUGCCAUGGUUUUGCCUUGUGAAGCAAAACUACUAGUUAGUCUGGAAAUUUAUGGGAUUGCCAAGAUACAAGGGAGCUCUCUGAUUCUGCACCUGACCUCACUCUGAAGCUUUUCAUGCUGUUAACAGCAUGGUCUCAUAAACAUUUUUGUUUUUGUUUUGGAUAAUGCUUAUGAAUAAAGGUUUGAUUCCACGAUAUAGUACAGAAGCGACGUUUUGUAAGAAAAUAGGAUGUAUGGGGAACUGCAUUAUUACUGAUAGGAAGUUAUAUUGCUUUUGUGUUUAGGUGAGAAAGAACAUACUUUAUCAAGGCUAUGAUAGAGUAGAAAUUGAUAUAUUUAUACACUAAAUAGUGCAACAAUAUGUUCCAGAUUUCUCCUUUUGUAAACAGACAUCACAUAUAUGUUCAUGCGUAAUUUUAUUCACCCUAUUCCCAUUCUGAGUAGAUCAUAAUCAUAAGGUCUUUUAAAUAUUUAUGGAAUAUAUUCUGCUACAAUGAAACAAUAUGAUUUGAAACCAGAUGGUGGAUACAAUGAAACUUGACGCUAAAAGUUGAGUGUAAAUUGCAUGGAGUUCCAAUUUUGUCGUUAAAAAUACCUAUUUAUGGACAGCAUGAUUCCGAAUAUGGACAAGGGGGAUUUAACUUUCAUCUCGUGUGCUGUGUUGCAAUCCAUCCAUCCCUACUUUAACUGUAGAGAGGGGGAAAAACAAAUAUUGUAGCUGAAGCUCCAAAAUUUUACAAAUAUAAUACUUCACAAAUGUAGGAUACCAUAACUGACAUAUGAAGUCUGGUUCUGGUACUUACAUUCUCAAAUAGAUGUGAAGAAGGUAUCACCACUUCACCCUGCCCAAUCCCAUAGUUAUUCUGAUGCCAGAGCUUCCAGUCUUUCAGAAAAUUUGGUCUCUUCAAAUGUGUUCAAUAUGUGCCUGAUAUUAUUACAUGUUUCAAAAACCCAGGGAUUACCAAAGAGCCAAGGCUGGGACUCCUUGUCAAACAUGAAUUUGGUGGCAAAUCUGAGUUUAUUGUAAC